AUGAUUCGAUUACCGUUUCGUGUACGUGCAUUAUCGGAAUGCUUUCGAAACAAAUCCUUAGAUCCGGUGGCUGUUGCUGAACAAUGCAUGACACAAAUCGAACGCCAUAAGCCUCUGAAUGCUUUCGUUCGUGUAUCGUCUGCAAAAGCAUUGGCGCAGGCAGAACACUCAAGGGAUCGAUAUAAGAAGGAUGCGCCGAUAAGUGUCCUCGACGGUGCAACCAUAGCAGUGAAAGAUAAUUUCUGUACUAAAGAUGUUCAUACAACGUGUGCUUCUCGAAUGCUCGAGAAUUUUGUCCCAACUUACGAUGCAACUGUUGUGGAGCGGUUACAGGCACAAGGAGCUAUUCUUUUGGGCAAAACUAAUCUCGAUCAGUUCGGGAUGGGUUCCGGCUGUAUUGAUUCUAUUUUUGGACCAACAAAAAAUAGUUGGAGUGAUGAUUUAAACGAUGAUCGCUUUCGGAUAGCAGGUGGAAGUUCUGGUGGAUCGGCUGUUGCAGUAGCUGCUGGAUUAUGUUACGCGGCCCUAGGUUCUGAUACCGGCGGAUCAACCCGAAACCCAGCAUCGUAUUGUGGAAUUGUUGGAUUGAAACCUACGUAUGGGCUUGUGUCUCGUCACGGCUUGAUUCCGCUGGUUAAUUCAAUGGAUGUUCCUGGCAUCAUGACACGAACGGUAGAUGAUUGCAUAUCUGUACUGAAUGCUAUCGCUGGUCCUGAUAAUCGCGAUUCAACGACGGUUAAGAAACGGUACCAAAGUAUUCCAGCACUUGAGGAGGAAAUUUCCUUGAAAGGAUUACGAAUCGGUAUUCCAGUUGAGUAUCACUGUGAUGGUUUGGAUGCGGAAGUGCUCCAGACAUGGACCAUUGUAGCGGAUAUGCUCGAAUCUGCAGGUGCUACUGUGAAUGCUGUCUCGCUGCCCAAUACCGCUUCAUCGAUAUUCGUUUACUCAAUUCUUAAUCAGUGUGAGGUGGCCAGCAAUAUGUCACGCUACGAUGGAAUAGAGUAUGGUCAUCGAUCUCAGGAGGACAGCAGUACCGAACAGCUUUAUGCACGCACCCGAGCCGAAGGGUUCAACGGUGUGGUGAAGAACCGAAUCCUAUCCGGCAAUUAUUUCUUGCUCCGCGAAAACUAUGACAAAUAUUUCCAAAAGGCAAUGAAGGUACGGAGACUGAUUGCGGACGACUUCGUACAAGCCUUCAAACAGGUGGACGUACUUCUCACACCCACCACCCUAAGCGACGCACCGCUAUACAAAGACUUCGUUCAAAGCAAUAAUCGGGAUCAAUGUGCUGUGCAAGACUUUUGCACCCAAUCCGCCAACAUGGCCGGCAUCCCAGCGCUAUCGAUUCCAGUGAGGCUAUCGUCCCGUCAACUGCCGAUCAGUUUGCAACUCAUGGGAGACCACUUUUCCGAACGAACUCUUCUGUCGAUCGCUGGUUGGAUUGAGAAGGAGGUGAAUUUCGUUACGAACUAUAAUUAG